AUGACUGGCCUCAUAUAUGACCCUGAAUACUUCAAAGCCAUUGGAUCGCCCCCCAAGGGACCAAGAGCUGAUCCUCCAAAGACGGCUCAUGAGCUGAGAUCUAAUAUUGAAAAUACCAUUCGUUAUGUCGUUACCAACUCGCCAUACCCUUCUGGAGUCAAAGAAACCGUAUACAAGGUCAAAAGCUUUGAUGGAGCUGAGAUUGAAGUCACACGCUUCGCAUGCGAAGAAACUCUGGCCUCGGAGAAACCCACAGCUGCAGUCGUCUAUUUCCAUGGAGGUGGCUUUGUAGCGUGUACUGUACCACCCUUUGCGCCACAAAUCGCGCGUUUCGCGAACGACUCCAAGUUACCGUACUUUGCUGUUGAUUACAGGCUAGCCCCAGAGCAUCCUGCUCCGGCAGCACUUGAAGAUGCUUGGGCGGCCAUGCAGUUCGUAUGGAAGUCUGCUGCAGAACUCAAUGUCGACCCUACCAGAAUCGCGUUGUAUGGCGACAGUGCUGGUGGUGGUCUUGCUGCAGGCGCAGCUUUGAUGGCCAGAGAUCGUCAUCUUAGUCCUCCAAUAGCGAAACAGCUGUUGAUUUAUCCGAUGCUGGACGACCGCUAUAACCUCAAAGCUGAUGACCCAUAUCUUGAAGUCUUGGCAAUGAGGCCAGCAGGAGCAAAAGUUGCAUGGGACGCCUACCUUUCUAAACUCCGAGAGGGCGAUGAUGUACAGUCUUUAUCUUAUGCUGUUCCUGCCAGAGCUGCUACCUUGGAGGGUCUUCCAUCCACAUAUAUCGACAUCGGAUCUCUGGACCUCUUCCGAGAUGAGAGCAUGAAAUACGCCAACAGAUUGGCUAAUGAGCACGUUGAAGUUGAGUUUCAUCUUUGGCCUGGACUACCGCAUGGGUUUGAUGUCGGGCUACUGGCCCUGACAGGGUUCUCAAUUGCUCAAGAGAACGCCAAUGUUCCAAUCCAGGACAAUGGACUGACUAACAUUGUGCAAUGGGACGAUCACAGCUACCUCAUCAAUGGCGAGCGAAUUUUUGUCUUUUCUGGAGAGUUCCAUUACUGGCGACUGCCCGUACCCGAACUCUGGCGAGACUUGCUGGAAAAGAUCAAAGCGGCCGGCUUCAAUGCCUUCAGCAUCUACAACAGCUGGGGCUACCACGAGGCUUCCCCAGGUGCCCUCGACUUCGACAACGGCGCGCACGACUUUGUGUCUAUCAUGACGCUGGCAAAAGAGCUCGGUCUUUACCUCUUGAUCCGCCCCGGUCCCUACGUAAAUGCCGAGGCCAAUGCGGGAGGAUUUCCCCUUUGGGUGACGACCGGCGACUACGGCAGGCUACGAAACGACGAUCCUCGAUUCACUAAAGCUUGGUCCAAGUACUGGACUGAGAUCUCCAAGAUUAUUGAGCCGCACCUAAUCACGAAUGGCGGAAACGUCGCCAUGUUCCAGAUCGAGAACGAGCUGGGUGGUCAGUGGAAGAACGAUGACAAGCGAAUCUUGAACGAACCCACAGCGAAUUACAUGCAACUUCUGCAAGACGCUGCAAGGGAUGCUGGCAUCAACGUGCCCGUGUUCCACAACGCGCCCAACACUCGCACCUUUUCUUGGUCAAAUGACUUUGAAGCCAAUGCAACUGGCAACGUCGACGUCACGGGUGUAGACAGUUACCCUUCCUGCUGGAGCUGCAACCUUGACGAGUGCACAGGAACGAACGGCGAAUAUGUCCCUUACAAUAUCCAGGACUACGUCACGUACUUCUCCAAGCAGUCUCCAGCUCAACCUCAUUUUCUGCCUGAGUUCCAGGGCGGAUCUUACAACCCUUGGGGUGGUCCUGAGGGCGGCUGUCCUGGUGACAUUGGCCCUGAUUUCGCCAACAUCUUCUACCGUGACUUGGUUGCUCAACAAGCCACGGCGAUCUCACUUUACAUGAUGUACGGUGGCACCAACUGGGGCUGGUUCGCUUGCCCUGUGGUUGCUACUAGCUACGACUACUCUUCCCCCAUAUCUGAGAACCGUGAGAUCUGGGACAAGUACUAUGAGACCAAGUCAUUGACUCUGUUUACCCGCGUUGCGCAUGACCUCACAAAGACCAACCGAGUAACCAACAGCACAUCUCUCUCAACCAAUGACGAUGUUUUAGUUUCUGAACUUCGUCAUGAGGACAACGAUGCAGCCUUUUACGUGGCUCGACACGAUUACUCCCCAUCAGGUACAAAGGAGAUCUUCAAGAUCCGUGUCAACACUUCCGAGGGCGAAAUGACCAUUCCUCAAAAUGACCACAUCACGAUCAAUGGUCAUCAGUCCAAGAUCAUCCCUACCGACUUUCACUUCGGCGAGAAGACUCUUCUCUACACUACUUCUGAGGUGCUGACAUACUCUGUCAUCGAUAAGAAGGAGGUUAUAGUCCUCUGGUUGCCUGAGGGUGAGCAUGGAGAGUUCAUCCUCAAGGGACAUACCGAGCUCAAGCAUGACAAGUCUCUCAAGGGUAUCAGGGUUAAGGCAGGUAAGAAGAGCGUCACGGUCAACUACACUCAAAAGAAGGGACUUUUCACUCUUGACAUGAAGGAUGGUGCGACUAUUGUCUUGGCUGAUCGUCAGACUGCUUACAAGUUCUGGGCACCGACGUUGGACAACGAUCCUUUUGCACCUGUGAACAAGACUGUUCUGGUACAUGGUCCUUAUCUCGUCCGUCAUGCCACCAUCAAGAAUGGUCAGCUCAACAUCGAAGGCGAUCUCGACAAGUCUACCGAAAUUACUGUCUUCGCUCCUAAGUCUCUAAAGUCUAUUUCGUGGAACGGCGAGAAGGUCAAGAUCUCAUCAAAAGAAGGCCACAAGUAUACUGCUAAGCUCAAGGGUCCCUCAAAGGUCAAGCUUCCCAAGCUUGAGUCGUGGAGAUACACCGACAGUUUGCCAGAGGUCAAGUCCAAUUACAAGACUUCUUCCUCAACAUGGGUUGUGGCCAAUAAGAAGAACACCACCAACGCGGUGCUCGUUCCUGAUUUGAAGAACCCCGUGCUGUAUGUUGACGAGUACAAUGUCCACUACGGAAACCACAUCUACAGGGCCACGUUCUCUGUAACGGACAAGGCCCCCACUGGCGUGUAUCUAAACAUUACAGGUGGUUUGGCCUUUGGCUAUUCUGUCUGGUUGAACUCUGACUACAUUGGAUCCUACCUCGGCAAUGCUACUGUCGGAAAUUCAGGACAAGAGUUCUCGUUCAAGAAUGCGACUGUAUCCAAGAAAGAGAAUGUUCUUGUUGUGUUGAUGGAUAACUCGGGUCACGACCUUCGUGAAGGUGCCCUUGACCCUCGAGGUAUUACCAACGCGACUCUCAUCGGUUCUGCUAAGGACGGUUAUAAGUUUUCCGAGUGGAAGAUUGCUGGCCAUGCUGGAAGCGUCGAGGGUGAAGUUAUUGAUCCAGUCCGAGGUCCUCUUAAUGAAGGUGGUCUCUACGCGGAGCGUAUUGGUGCUCAUCUUCCCGGGUUCUCCGACAAGAAAUGGAAGUCGUACUCAUCCAAGCAAGGAACCCUCGUCAACCCUUCGGCUGGGGUCCGUGCCUAUAGAACCACUGUCGACCUUGACAUUCCCGAUGGUCUCGAUGUUGGGAUCUCAUUCAAGCUCACAGCUCCUUCCAACACGACCUUUUCGCCUACCAAGAAGGGCUACAGCAACCGUGUUCGUGUUCUGCUGUUUGUUAAUGGGUAUCAGUACGGUCGCUUCCACCCUUACAUCGGUAACCAGGUCUCUUUCCCUGUCCCACCUGGCGUUUUGAACUACGACGGAGAGAACACUAUCGCUGUCACUGUUUGGAGCCAGAGCGCUGAAGGCGGUGAAGUCAAGUUUGAAUGGGAGGUUGACUAUGCGCAUGCUUCAAGCUUUGACGUCAAGUUUGACAGCAAGUAUCUCCGUCCGGAAUGGACUGAGGAUAGACUGCAGUACGCAUGA